UGCAGUGGCACGUAGCGGCUGGUUGUAUUGUCUGGUAUUGUUCCGUGAGUUAAACCGAUCACCCUCUCUGUAUCGAUCCAUGGCAGUUCCGAGCGAUGACGCGAUGAAUAGCACAGUACGCGUGGAACAGCUCGUGGGCGACGAAUGCCGCAUCUGUCUCAAGUCCUGCACGGAGGUGUGCCAGCUCUUCCACAACGACAGCGGGAUACCGGAGAAGUUGAUGGCCAUCGCCGCUGUACAGGUGGAGGUAGGGGACGGUCUGCCAGCUUACAUCUGUUCAGCUUGCAAUGAUUUGCUUGACGUGUCCUAUGACUUCAGAUGCCAGAUUCAGAACGCCGACGAGAGGUUACGGCAGUUUCUGAAAUUACAGAUUCAGCCUAUGCUGCACGACAAACAUGCGAAAGAUAGCAUGAUAAUCAAAGAUAUCACGGAUGUCAUAUCCGACGUAGUAUCUUGUAAAAAAGAUAAUCAUAUAGAGCAAGGUAUUUCCUCAUCUCACGAUAUUGUUGCGUUUAAUAAUACUGCCGUUCAGUCUGAUAUGGUAAUUGAUGAAUCUCACAUAAGCCACAAGAUACAAAAGACGACAGAAAUUAUAGAACCAAGUGAAAAAGAUGCACUGUACGAUACAGUUAAAGAUAAUGUACAUAAUGUUGAAAUGAUGGAAGUAGCCUUUUGUCAUGAGGCACAUAUGGAUGAUGCAGUUGCCGAUCAUUCAGAUCGAUUUUCCAGCUCAACAACGGAAGACAGAUGUGUCAAACAAGAAGAUUUAAUACUACCUGAAGAUAAUGAGACAUCGGGAAAUUUAACGGAUGAAAAUAGGAAAGAUACAUUAAAAAUUGAGAUUAAGAAUACAUUGCUGGAAAAUUUCAACGACAUUUCGAAGGAAACCAUGGUAUUAGGAAUGGAUAUGAAAAGCGUCACAAAUUGUAGUGAUGACGAGGAGAAACCACUUAUAAGCAGGACAACGAGAAAGAAGUGCUUGCAUUGCAUCAAAUCGUUUGCGACGAAAGUUGCGUUGCAGCGACACAUGAACGUACACAAAAACAAAACAAAGCUACGUUUCGUGUGCAUCAUAUGUAACAAGCAGUUCUCGAAUAUCGAUAAAUUGAAGAAUCACGUGCUUACGUGUCACGAGACGCCAGAUAGUAAAGCGUCACAAGAUUACAGAAAGACAAAUAAAGUGUUGGCAAAAGUUACUAGAAGUGGCACCGUUAUGGACAGCACGAGGGAAGAAAAGAAAAACUUCAAGUUUACGUGCAAAGUCUGUUCGAAACAAUUUAUAUAUCAGAAAUCCUUUUUGUCUCAUGCCAAAAGUCAUGUUGAAUAUAAUGUGAAUACGGACGAUGUACUUGAGCAAUCUGCGAAUGAUACGACGAGUGAACAAAAAAAUAGGAUGCCAACAUUCAGAGAAAAUGAAUCUGAGGAGGAGGAAGAAGAAGAAGAUGACGAUGACAGUGAUUUACCAAUCAAAAGUCUACAGUGUACUCAGUGCGGCAAACUUUUUGCUACAAAGAGAAACCUGAAGAGGCAUAUCUCGACGCACAGUGGCUUGAAGUUUAAUUGUUCGACAUGCGGUAAAGGAUUUUCGAGAAUCGACAAGCUGAAAGAUCACGAACAGUCGAAACACAAAGAGGAAAUAUUCGGUAACACUGAUGACGAAGACUAUGACGAGGAGGAUAACGAGAGCAAAAUCAAUGAGAAUUCCGAAAACCGAAAGAAAGACCGACACAACAGGCCACAUAAGUGCAUGCUUUGUCCAAAGGCCUUCGCACAGCCUCAAUCACUGGCAAAUCACGUUGAGAGGCAUAAACGGGUGAAGGACACGCAGAAACGGUUUCUCUGCGAGAAAUGUAGCAAGUGCUUUGCUCAGAGUGGGUCGCUGGUGGCACAUAUGCGUACACAUACUGGCGUCAAGCCAUAUGUAUGCAAUGUAUGCAGUCGUGCCUUCACCAAGAGCACGUAUUUACAAUUGCAUCUGAGAACUCAUAGCGGUGAGAAACCGUAUAUCUGCCAAUACUGUAGUAGAGCGUUUGCCAGGGCCAACACUCUGGCGCGGCACAUCACCAUGCACACUGGUGAGGCCAAAUAUCAUUGCAAUAUCUGCACCAAGUCCUUCCGACGAUUAACCUCGCUGAACGAACACACGUAUACACAUACCGGUCAACGACCGUACGCGUGCAAGCUAUGUACUAAAAGAUACAACAAUGCCGGCUCAUUAUACGCUCAUACGAAGAAGUGCAAGGCGCAGCAAUUGUCCAACUCAACAACGUCUGCAUAUGCAGUGUCCACGGCAGAUAAUGCGCCGCAGCAGAACGACGCAUCUAUGCCUCUACUAAUAUAUUCUCCGAGAAAGCUGGUAGAAGAAGCAGCUGUUGGUCAAGUUGUAUCGACGCCGCAAUAUAUGGUAACAAAUGUGCACAAUCAAAAAACAGUGCCGCCCAACGUGAUCCAACCGUACGCCGUAGAGGAUCCGAAUGUGUAUAAUUCAAAACAGUUUAAGAACUCGUAUUAUGCUAUUUAUCCAAACAUGCAAUAAUGUCAAUCGUCGAUCACAUCUGGUUGCUAAUUGUCAUCGCUCAGUGAUUUUGGUUUAUAUUAAAAAUCGGUUAAACUAACAAUCUAAGGUUGUGUUCCGUUAUUUGUUGCGAGUACUGAAAAUCUGCAGUUUAUGUAAACUAUAUAUUUUCAGUACACACAAUGGCUACGUUUACACCGUGCGCUUAGUCCGCAGCCUAUAUCCCAAAUUCGAUCUAAAUUAUUUAGGCCUCAUGUAAACACUUGGUAAAUUACCUGAUCUAGUUUUAGGUCAGGC